GAAGUUUACACUACAUCAGACCAGGUGCCGCACAUAGCAGCCAGGGGGCGUCCAGACGAUUGAGCACGACAGUCACCCGACGUACAGGACCUUGGGUCAACAACUCUCCUUCAAACAUGAAUACUCUAAACCGAUAACUGGUGAUGCGGUCUGGUGGACCCACGCCAACACCCUGGUUCUCAACAAUGUCCAACCACUCUUUCCAGCAUCAAAAAAAUGCGCACAGUGUACAAGUUUUCACCAUGUUGUGCUUCCAGACCAUUAGCAAAGCGAAAGACUGCCCAUCUCAGCUUGGAAGAAUCAACUCGACCGGAGCCUUGAAUGCCUACAGCCAAACCGAAAAAACCAUCAACAUGGCUGUUACAUUCGAACUCCCACCUCAGAUCCACAAUGGUCCACAGUUCUCUCGCCUCCGCCGCUCACCAAGCCCUCAUCCUCGAGCGACUCGAGCCAAGCCGAAGAGCAGCGUCAAGAAGGUCGUUGAGGCAGUCAAGAAUCACCUCUAUCUCCCUCGCGGCACUAUCAAGCACUUGCUACUUUACGGACCGCAUUACUCAGAAAUCUUUCCCCGGCGCUAUCCAGUCGACCACCAAAGCCGCCUGAAGGCCUCACGAAUGAAAGACAAGAACAGAUACUACGAAAUUGGGUUGUACGUGCACGAGGAGGAGUCGGACGAUGAGUCGAAGGGUUCCUACGGGUCGAUCGAAGAUGAUGCGGGGCUCGAUUCGGGAGUCGACAUGUAUGAGGAGGAGGCUCUAGAGCAGUUUCACGUUGUGAAGGACGGGAGCGCGUGUGCCUGGUGGAAGGCGUCGGUGUAGGUUGAGCGUGAACGGCGCUAGUGCAGACAGUGCAGCGCCGAAGGAUAGUCCAAUGUUGUACGAUGAACCGUUCAGGAAACAUUCGUUUAAUUGUUAUGGACGAGAACUUCAUGGAUCAAGAUCUGAGCGCA